UGAGACGGCUGCUCGGCGGCGGCCGGCGCGCGGCGCGACGUCAGCGCCAGUGGCCGGCCGGCAGUGUUUACCGAGGGAGCUCCGCGCGCGUGCGCCCAACACCAGUGUUUGCCAGCCGUGUUUGCUCAGCCGCUGACGAGUCGCCGUUCGAGCCCCGGACCCCGUCUACCGAGAGGAGCCGUCUGCCCUAGGAUGCAGCCGCCGCCGCCGCGCGCGCUGGCGACCCUGCUGGCCCUGGCGGCGACGCUCCUGCCAUCUACCGGCGCCGACGAGAAGAACCAGCGGCUGCCGUGCGGCCUGGCGCGCAUGAAGUGUCUCUAUCGCGACGGCUGCAGGAAGGCGCUCGAUAACUACAUGGAUGGGUGCCUGGAUAUUAUGAAUGGUCACGCCAAGACGUGCAAUGAUUUUUGCACCAAGAGUUUGAUCGCGCUGACGUCGACUCUGCCAGGGCACGCGUUGAUGGAGUGUGACUGCGGCGAGGACGAGUUUUGCCGCACCUCCAAACUGCGCCUGGCGCCGUGCCGGCCGCAGGUGCAGUACGCCAAUCAGAACGGCACGGUCGUCUCCUGCGAGGUAGCCCAGUGGAUCUGCGGCGCCGACAACCUCUGCGGCACCGCGCUCGACUACUACUUCCGCAACUGCAGGGCCAUGUUUGCCGGCAAGCGCUGCUCGCGACGGUGCAACAACUCCAUCUCGAUUCUGCAGCGUCAGGAGCGUGCGGCGAAGCUGCAGACGUGUGUCUGUGAUGGAGACAGGCAGGCGAGGGACGGCUGUGUCGAUAUCAAGAGGAAUAUGAAUCAGCUGUGCUUCGGGAAGCCGUAUAUUGAUGAAGACAGAGAGGAAGAGACGAAUGAGAUAUCGGGUGCUGGUGGCGCCGCCGCGCGGACUUUAAGUGCGGCUGUAGGUGUACAGGUGGCGCUAGUGUUGUUAGCCGGGCGGUGAGGGGCAGUGAGACGUGCGCAGCGUGGAAACGCGUGCAGACACAUUCCUACGAGAAAUACUCAUCCGAGUUGUUGCAGAGCCGACCUCAGUGUUGCCCACUUGUUGUACACCGUGUUGCAGUGUUGAUAUCUCGGGUUCGAACCCUCCGACGGACAAUCGUCGCGUCGGUUUUUACGGCAGGGGAUUUACCUCCGUUUUAUGCGAUUUUGUACAGAGUGUAUGCGUGUAUCGCCGUGUUGUGUGUGUAUAGAUGAAUCAGCUAGUCACCACGUACAAAUGUUCUGGUUCACGAGGCUUGCUCAGCGUGGGCUUUGUGACGUCAGAACAACCUCCUGCCCCCAUUGGUGGAUUACCUCGCCUGUUAACCAAUCCGUGCCCGCGGUCGAGUGCCUAAAUGGUGCCUUAGAACAGACAGCGUGCAUUUAUAAAAAGAGUUUUAAUACAGUGGAUAAUUUAAA